GCCCUUCCCGCCGCGGAGCUGGACGGCGGCGGCCGGCCCGACCAUGCGCCGCCUCCUGCGGGCCCUGCUGCUGCCGCUGCAGCUCGCCCUGCUCGUGUCCGCGGAGGCCCCGGAGGCGCCGGUCAGCGCGCGGCGGAGCCUGGUGUGGGGGCCCGGGCUGCAGGCGGCCGUCGUUCUGCCCGUUCGCUAUUUGUACCUGCAAGCGGUCAACUCAGAGGGCCAGAACUUCACUCGCUCGCUCCCAGGUCAAACAUCAUUCAAAGUAGUAAUCAGAUCUCUUUCUCCAAAAGAGUUAGUCCGGGUUCAUGUUCCUAAACCUUUGGACAGGAAUGAUGGAACAUUUUUGAUAAGGUACAGGAUGUAUGAAACUGUCAGUGAAGGGCUGAAGAUAGAAGUGCUUUAUGGUGAUGAACAUGUGGCUCAGUCUCCCUAUAUCUUGAAAGGGCCAGUGUACCAUGAAUACUGUGAGUGUCCGGAAGAGGAUCCUCAGGCUUGGCAGAAAAUUCUUUCUUGUCCAACCAAGGAGCCACAGAUUGCAAAAGAUUUUGCUUCCUUCCCCAGCAUCAAUCUCCAGCAGAUGCUAAAUGAAGUCCCCAAAAGGUUUGGGGAUGAGAAUGGUGCUAUUGUUCAUUACACAAUUCUCAAUAACCACAUUUACAGGAGAUCUUUAGGGAAAUACACAGACUUCAAAAUGUUCUCUGAUGAGAUUUUGCUGUCACUGGCCAGAAAGGUCCUUCUUCCAGACUUAGAAUUUUAUAUUAAUCUUGGAGAUUGGCCCUUGGAGCAUCGAAAAGUCAAUGAAACCCCCAGCCCUGUGCCUAUCAUUUCAUGGUGUGGCUCUCUGGAUUCAAGGGACAUUAUCCUUCCAACGUAUGACAUCACCCAUUCCACACUGGAAGCAAUGAGGGGAGUUACAAAUGAUCUUCUCUCUAUUCAGGGAAAUACAGGUCCAUCCUGGAUCAAUAAAACAGAGAAAGCUUUCUUCAGAGGUAGAGAUAGCCGAGAGGAGAGGCUCCAGUUGGUACAGCUAUCCAAAGAAAAUCCACAACUCCUAGAUGCAGGAAUUACAGGAUAUUUCUUUUUCCAAGAGAAAGAAAAGGAGCUUGGAAAAGCCAAGUUGACAGGUUUCUUUGAUUUCUUCAAGUAUAAGUAUCAAGUGAAUGUGGAUGGGACUGUGGCUGCUUACAGAUACCCAUAUCUCAUGCUGGGUGACAGUCUGGUUCUAAAACAGGAUUCACCAUAUUAUGAACAUUUCUACAUGGCACUAAAGCCUUGGAAACAUUACAUUCCGAUUAAAAGAAAUCUUAGUGAUUUACUAGAGAAAGUGAAAUGGGCCAAGGAAAAUGACGAAGAAGCCAAGAAGAUUGCCAAAGAAGGGCAGUUGGCUGCUAGGGACCUCCUCCAGCCACACAGGCUUUACUGCUAUUAUUACGGGGUUCUGCAGAAAUACGCCGAGCACCAGGCCAGCAAACCUGAAGUACGUGAUGGAAUGGAACUUGUUCCUCAGCCAGAAGACAGCACAUCUCUCUGUGAGUGCCACAGGAAAAAUCCUUUAAGAGAAGAGCUUUAAGUCAUCCCAGAACCACACUCCUGUGAAUACUGAUGACAUCUUUAAGAAAGCCUUAAGAUAGAAUCUGAGCUGCGAAGAACAGCACUAAAGACUCUACCCAGCAGACUGGUUUUUUCAGUGGCUUUAUAUAAUGUGGAUGGAUAAAGCAAUAUAGGUUGAGUAGGCCUUAUCUGAAAUGCUUGGGACCAGAAGUGUUUCAGAUAUCACUUUUUUGUUUUUUAGAUUUUAGUGUAUUUGCAUAGACAUCAUAAGAUAUCUUAGAGAUGAAACCGCAGUCUAAACAUGAUAUCCACUUACAUUUCAUAUAUAUCUCAUAACCUAGAGGUAGUUUUAUACAGUAUUUUUAAUCAUUUUGUGCAAGAAACAAAGUUUGUGUACAACGACCUAUAAGAAAGCUGUCACUAUGUCAGGCACCCAUUGGAUGGUGCCAUGGUUUUUGGAAUAUUUCAGAUUUUGGAUUUUUGGAUUAGAGAUGCUCAAUCUGUAUUUGAAUAAGUAUCACCAAAUGUCUUUGGAUAUUUAAUAUCUUUUGAGUAAAUACUGCUAUUAUCAGCAUCACAGUUUCUCUAAAAUGAAAAUUUGGGGAUUAUAGCAGAUAGACAGACUUGCCAAAAUAUAAAUCAGCCUCUGUGAAACUAUUUACAUCAUACUUACUGGUUUCUUUCUGUCACCACUCACUGCCUAUCUUCCACUUGCAGUUAUGAAGAGACAAUAUUUGUGCCAGGCCCCCAGCCUGACUGCACACUUCCUCCUCUUCAAAGCUGCCUCUGGCAUUCAGGGACAGCAGCCUCCUUUUGGAAGGUCUCAUAAGGAUACUUCAGGAAGAAGAAGAUGACUCUUGUUAAAAGUAGCAUUGAGACUUGUGGAGGGAAUAUUUUUUAAAGCAAUGCUCAUAUCUUUUAAACUAAAUUUUGCUAAGGCCUGAGACAAAAUUUAUGAGAAAUUUUGCCUUAAGCUAGUGAUGCCCACUCUACCCGUUAUAUACUCAUCCAGGACAACGCUGUGUUGUCAACGUAGAUGAAGGUGUGCUGUCAACAUGAUGUCCUAUGGACAUCUAUCAUUAUCUACUGCAUAUCUACUGAAUAGAAAAAAAUAACUAUAGUCAGAUGAAGAACUUUAAUUCUCUUUAACCUUUAAAAGGCAUCCUUCAAAACAUUGAAAACCUCUGCAACAAGCUCCAGGAAGCCUGGUGUCUUGGGAACCACUGAUACACCAACAGCAGAGCCAAGCACCUCACACAAUCACUCCUCUGUUUCAGUGGGUUUUGUUACUAAGAUAAAGACUUUGGUAAUUUCCUCUGCCUUUCAGGACAGGACCAUAACUUAGGACUCUUAGCCCAGUUCAUUACAUACUCCUUGUAGUACCACCAAUCCAAGAUUCAGUUCACUAUCUGUACCUUUAUGAUCUAAAAAGAAGAGCUAGCCACACUCCCAAUUUAAAAAUGUUUACUCGCCUAAUGGAAAUGUUUACUUAAUCUGAAAAACAAUGUAGCCAUUUAAAAGUGGUCAUACCUAUUCUUUCUGAAGAAUGAUGAGAUGAUAGGGUUGUUUUUUUUUUUUUAACUGAGCAAAACCAAAUUUCAGAACAAUCUAAUCAAAGCUAAGUAUCUGAGGCAAAUUUUAACAUCCAUCAAUUGUUAAAAACCACAAGUGUACAAGUAUAAAACAAAGGCCAAGCUGCUCUGAGAUCACACUCCAGUGAAUCUAUGUCCUGUGUAUAUUGUACAUAGUGUUUAGGGCUUGUCAAAAUUGGGAUUAUGACAAGAGAAAUUGCCUCCUUCGUUCCUCCCUACCCUGAACCUGAGGACUUCAAGUCCCCAGGCCCCAAGAUGUUAGAAACACCUUAACAUUUUUUAAAUGUACAUUGCUUUCUGCCAAACCAGGCCUAAUAGUUAAAAGCAAGUUGAGUCAAGUGCAGCAGCUUUAAGGAAUGGAACAGAAAUGAUGUACUUGAGAAAUAAAGUGAAACUCCUCAAAUUCUAAAGGGAGAGGGUUACCUUUUUGGCCAUA